UAAACUUCCACGCAUAGCCUGUAAAUUAACCCCACCUGUUAAAACAGCGCUCUUAUUAAACAGAAGGCCUACGGGCUGGAAAAGUAUAAAUUCCUCGGAUUUUACAGUUCUGCUUCAAUUAGUCUCUGGAGGACCUUCCAACCACAACAAUGGAGGCGUUUCGAUUCACCCUCUUCUUCUUCGCGGUAAUUGGCGUAGCCGUAGAUGCUGCUCCAAAUAAAAGAAGGCCUUGGACAUCAAACUACUCAUCCGGUGAAUACAGCCAUCCCAUAACCGAGGAGUACUCCCACGAUUACGUGACGGGAAAGCCGCGGCCAUCUGACUACUCAUCCGACGAAUACAGCCGUCCCAUUAUUGAGCCUUCGUAUCCUUCUGAGGAGCACUCUCACGAUUACGUGAUAGACACAUUCUGCGAUAUUUACGAUGUAUGCCUAAACGGCGGGACCUGUGUCUCAGAGGGCCCCGAUUUCGAGUGCAUCUGUCCACCAAAUUAUUCGGGUAACAUCUGCCAGAACGAAGGAGGCAGGUCCUCGUACGAUUAUGCUACAGUCGAGCCUCCGUACUCUUCUGAGGAGUACCGGUACUCUCACGAUUACAUGACAGGCGAGCCUUCUGAUUAUCCGCAUUCUGAGUCUCACAACUUUGACAUCUGCAAGUAUGCUUGGUGCAUGAACGGUGGAACCUGCGUUGCUGAGGGAUAUUUCGACUACAGGUGUAUGUGUCCAUCGGAUUACUACGGCAAAUACUGCGAGUAUGGUGGAGGCAAGCAUUCGUACGACUACGUGGCAGGAAAGCCUUGGCCAUCUGACUACUCAUCCGAUGAAUACAGUCGUCCAAUAAUCAAGCCUUCGUAUCCUUACAACAGCUGCGAGUUGUGGUCUGCUUGGUGCGAGAAUGGUGGAACAUGCGUUCCUAAUGGCCAUUACGACUUCCGGUGUAUAUGUCCACCAGAUUACUUCGGCAAGUACUGCGAAUACGGCGGUGAAUACAGCCAUCCCAUAAUCGAGCCUUCGUACUCCUCUGAGGAGUACUCUCACGAUUACGUGACAGGCAAGCCCGAACCCUCUGAAUAUCCAAGUGGUGACUACAGCGAGCCCAUAAUCGGGUCCUCGUUUCAAUACAAUGUCUGCGAUUAUUAUGAUUUGUGCCAAAACGGCGGGACCUGCGUUGCAACGGGCUUUGACAUCGACUUCGAGUGUAUCUGUCCACCGAGCUACUCUGGCUUUUUCUGCGAGAACGCGGACACAACUAAACCCUUCUACGGUUCUAUCUACCAUGUCAUUAACAAACGCAAAUAAGCCGUGACAUCACGUUAUGGACCCCACUUCUGGCACUGAAAAACGCCUGAUGAAGACACAACCCUGCGGCCUAACCAGCGUAGUUAGAUAGCCAGGACGGCACUGUAAUUAUACCAAGGAAGAGAGUGAAUGCUGUAAUUUUGAGAAACAAAAUUCUAUAUGUAACAUAUGACAAUUGGGGAGCCUCAUUUCAGAAACUAUUCUGGAAAUCUAAAAUUCUGUAUGUAAUGAGCGUCCAAUAUUGGACCAUGCUUCGUAGCUAUGUUAUAGAGGAUGAAAAGGUAUCUGUGGCAUAAAUAUCAAAAAUUAAACCCAUUCUUGAAGUUUUGUCGUUAUGGAGCUAUUGCCUGGUAGAUGAGAAAUCGCCAUUAGAGAAUGCAUUUCACUAUACGAAACUUUGUAUCCGUCUAUAUUAAACUCUUGUGGGAUAUAAUUUUAGCACAUUCAUGAGUUCACACAUGAGGAAUAUCUUCUUCUGGAAGAUCAUAAACAAGCGUCCUCAUAAAAUGAAUGGAAACCUGAUCCUAUAAAAAAAUUAAGUUACAAAUGAACAGGCUAAUGUACACUCUGUACAAGGGGAACCAUGAACGCUUCUCUUAUAUAACCUCAUUGUGCUCGCUUUUAAACACCAAAUCUGAUGACUGCGUCAUCAGAAAAGGAAAUUAGGUGUGCUUGAAGCAAAGCCUGAAAGUUAAACAAAACGACAAAAGAAUGCACAGAACUUCUAUUCCUGUAGCGUAUAAAUCAAGGCUUACAAUAUGUGAUUAUUUCAACAGCAAAUGCUACUCCUUUGGAACCAUAUUUUUUGUAUGGUGGCCGUAGAUCACCCAAGGCAAACAUUCUGGAGCCGACUGGAAUCAGUAAAUUAGGAGAAUACUAAGUUUACUGAUCUACUUCUUCCUAACGUUAGAGUAGAGAGCCAAAUGUCCAUCUGACUACAAAUAGGCUACUUAUCGUCAAUGUUUAUUUUCGUCAUUUAACACGGAUGAACCUAUUCUGAAUAAUGAAGUUGUCAAAUAAAGUCCUGGAAGAGCAAGCAUAA